CGUUAUAAGGAUGCAGGUGGAAGAGUGUACAGUAGUUAGGCUAGGCUGGAACACAGCAGGAAGCACGUGUUGGACCUGCACACACACACACACACACACACACACAGAAAGAGAGAGAGGAGAGAGUCAUCUUAUUCCUACCCAUCAGUGAGAACACAGAAGUAAGGUUGCAUCACUCUCUACUGGUCGCUUAAACAGAACAGCGUUAUGUUCAGUUGGGUGAACAAGGAGCAGGGUGGAAGAAACAAGGAAGGCGACAUGUUUCAAACAGUGACUGAGGGACUACAUGGUCUCUAUACUAAAAAAUUACUCCCUUUAGAAGAAACCUAUCUCUUCCAUGAAUUCCACUCGCCUGCGCUGGAAGAAGCGGAUUUUCAGAGCAAACCGAUGGUUCUUCUGGUGGGACAGUACUCUACAGGAAAGACCACCUUUAUACGAUAUCUACUCGAGCAAGACUUUCCAGGUAUGCGGAUUGGGCCCGAGCCAACGACAGAUGGGUUUAUCGCUGUGAUGUAUGGGGAGAGUGAAGGAGUCGUUCCUGGAAAUGCCUUGGUGGUGGACCCCAAGAAACCAUUCCGCAAACUUAAUGUGUUUGGAAACUGCUUUUUAAACAGGUUCAUUUGCUCUCAGGUGCCCAACCAAGUUCUGCAGAGUAUAAGCAUCAUUGACACACCGGGCAUCUUGUCUGGAGAAAAGCAGCGGAUAAGCAGAGGCUAUGAUUUCUCUGAAGUCCUGCGAUGGUUUGGUGAGCGCGUGGAUCGCAUCAUCCUCCUUUUUGAUGCUCACAAGCUGGACAUUUCUGACGAGUUUUCUGAGGCCAUCAAGGCUUUCCGCGGCCAGGAUGACAAGAUCCGUGUGGUCCUGAACAAGGCUGACCAGGUGGACACGCAACAGCUGAUGCGGGUCUAUGGAGCCCUGAUGUGGUCCCUGGGCAAGGUGAUCAACACACCAGAGGUGGCAAGAGUGUACCUGGGCUCCUUUUGGGCCAAACCACUGCAGAACACAGACAACCGCCGACUGUUCGAGGCUGAAGCACAGGAUUUGUUUCGGGACAUUCAGGCCCUGCCACGGAAUGCUGCCCUGCGAAAGCUCAAUGACCUCAUCAAAAGAGCUCGACUUGCCAAGGUGCAUGCAUACAUCAUCAGCUACCUGAAGAAAGAGAUGCCUUCACUUUUUGGAAAGGAAAAGAAAAAGGAGGAGCUGAUAACCAAUUUACCUGAGAUCUAUCAAAUGCUGCAGAGGGAGCACCACAUCUCACCUGGAGAUUUCCCUAAUGUCACUAAGAUGCAGGAACAACUUAUGCACUAUGACUUCAGCAAAUUUCCCUCCCUGAAAAUAAAGCUGAUUGAAUCCGUGGACAAGAUGCUAAGCACCAAGAUCUCACACCUCAUGAAUAUGAUCCGAGAGGAGGAGGGCAAGCAGCCGGCUCAGAUGGUGUCAGGUGGCGCUUUCGAAGGCUCAAGCGAUGGGCCGUUCGGCCACGGCUACGGAGAGGGCAUCAGUGCCGGGGCAGACACAGACGACUGGAUCGUGAGUCGAGACAAGCAUCGUUACGAUGAGAUCUUCUACACACUGAUGCCCAUCAAUGGCAAGGUAACUGGGGUCAACGCCAAAAAGGAAAUGAUGAACUCCCGACUGCCCAACACUGUGCUCGGAAAGAUCUGGAAGCUGGCCGACUGUGACAGGGAUGGAAUGCUGGAUGAUGAAGAAUUUGCUCUGGCACAGCAUCUCAUUAAGGUCAAGCUGGAGGGAUAUGAGCUGCCCUCAGAGCUACCGCCCCAUCUGGUUCCGCCCAGCCACAGGAAGAACCCCACUGCAGAUAUUCUGUACAACCACCAGGAUGACUGAGAACAUGAUGUUUUUACACCACACCCAGACACAGCUGUUUCUAUAUUAAUAACAGCAACUAACUCACACCGCAUAACAAGGAUAAUCCAACCAAAAAACUACUAUUGCUAUUAGCCAAUAAAUCCUACUUUUUUAAAAAUACAAUUAUUAUUAUUAUCAUUGUUCAAAAGAUAAAGUACAGAUCAUGUGCGCUACUUCGUGAUUUACAAUUUUCAAAAAGUAUGUAAACAACUAGGGAUGCAAAUAGUUAACAGUUAAUCGAUAACCAACCAGCUUAAGGCAUCCUAUCAAAGUAUGAACAUAUUACAGUUUUAUAUGAACUAGUCACAAAUGCUUUAUUGGUUAGUAACAGCACAACAUAGUACACAUGGCAGUAAUGUGAAAGAGUAAGAUGAUCAUAAAUACAGUAAGCUGAACUAAUUCAUUAUUCUGAAUAAAGAUUUUAAUCAAAGUGUUAAUUAAACAUGCUAAGAAAUAGAGAUGCAGUCUGUAUAUUAAAGCUCUUCUUGACAACAUUAGUGUAA